UCACCCAGACAGCUGUCAGUCCCGCAUCCGAUUCCGGAUAAUGUAGGCAUAAAUCCAAAUUCCAAGUUUUAGUAGCACAAAAUUUUUACAAAAUUUACCUUAAAACGCUUUUCUAGCUAAAUAUUUCGGAUUCCCCAUUACCUGUACCAUUCGCGCAUUUAUACCUUUAACCGUAACUGCUUCUGGUUCCUAAUCCUCUCCUGGUUUCCCCUCCGUAUUCGCUUUAGUUUCCGCCACAAGGAUGUGCUUUAAUUUCAAGUUGUUUGGCGGCAGACGGCGUCGCGCCAUUGCUGCCAAUGGUGGCAUCUCCCCGCGUCCCAGUCUGGCCAAUGGGCCUCAGGUGUCCAUCGACACCGUCCACACUGUCAAGUCAUCCAAGUCGGCCAAAUCCGUCCGGUUGGGCAAGGCGUCCGCUGGCAUUCGGCCUGCAGCCGUUAUUGUUGGCAAAAAGAUGGGCCACAGUGCGAACCUGUUGGGAUUGGAGAAGAGGCAGCAUACGGCUGCUGAAUCUGGCGGAGGAGCUACCAGUAGCAGCACCACAGCACCCGCAGCUAUCACCGCCGUUGCCUCGGUGGGCUCCAGUGCUGGUCCCGCCGCCGUAUCGGAAGUCAAUGACAAUGGAAACUCUAUAAAACGCAGCUCCUGGUGGGGUUUCUUUGGCAUGGGCAAGAAAAAGAGGAAUAGCAACCAGUCAAUCUAGUCCCUGAAGCCAUGUGACUCCACUUGACAGGGGUUCCUCACGGAAACCGACAGGAUUCGGAGCAGAAGCCGCAAUCAUACAAGUAGAACUUGACUCCAAGGACUUUUUUGCGCAGAGAUCGCAUAAAUAAAUAUAGAUUUUAUAUAUAUAGGACUUGCUAGAGUCAUCAGA